CGCAUCCGUUCGCGGCCAGCCAGGUGGCUCGUCUGUGGUGUUGCGUGGCGCGUUCAGACGACCCAUGUGACACGAUUUGCACUUGAGACUGCGUGACGAGCGCGAUCGCGCCUGCCACGAUGUGGCGUAGGUAGCUACGUCAGGCAAGAGCUGCACACGAAUAUAAGCCCCUCCAACACAGCCUCUUUCUUCACAGCACCGACAACAAACAACACUUCACAUUUCACCAAAACAACACCACUUCCAACACUCUCCCCAAACCAAUCCAUCAACAUGUCUGCACCAAACGCCAACAAGCCAAACGAGGGCAUCAUCGGCCAGAUCGGCAACUCGAUCAACAACGCCGCUCAAUACGUCUCUGAGACCGUCCAGGGCAAGUCUGCUGAGGCAUCCAAGGAGGCCAACAAGGAGCAGGCCAAGGGCAACACCCCAAACGCCAGCAUUGGUGACCGCGUCUCUGGUGCCGCCGGCGCUGUCAGCGACAGCCUCGAGCAGAAGAAGCACGAGGGCGCUGCUAAGGCCAACAAGGAGGGCAUCUAAAUUCUCUUCGACAGACCGACUUCUACGAUGGAACGAGAAACGGCAGCUCUUCACCUUUCUUACCACCAGCUGAGCUCACACAGUACCUAGCUACGGGUUAUUGUUGUACUGCGCCAAGGGGAGGACCUAUACGAGUCGCAACCUGGCGAUCUCAAGAGUAUGAUAGCCAGCUGAAUAAUACCUAUUCAGAAGAAUUCUUUCCA